GAUAGAUUUCCAUAGCGGUAAAGUUAAGCUUGCCGACAUAGUUUAUCAAUUUGGCAUAGAAUUAAAAGGCUUUUAGUAAUAGUUUAUUUCUUUUAGUAAACUAAACAUGAUAAAGAAGGAUUGGGUGGAGUUGCCUCCACACAUUCAAGGUUAUAAGGAUGGUGUAAAUUACUUUUUGGAUAUUGCAUUCACCAAAGGAAUGGUUGAAGAAGAAGAGAUUUUGUGCCAUUGUGCUAUAUGUUGCAAUGAUAGUUGGGAAAAAAGAGAUGUAGUAUAUGACCAUCUAUGUAGCAAGGGGUUUGUAAAGGGAUACACAGAAUGGAUUUACCAUGGUGACGAUAAAAUUCUUAUGGAUCUUGAUGGGGAUACUAAUGAUGAAACAUCAUCUGAUUCAUCACCUAAUGACGAAACAUCAUAUGAUGAUAUUGAUGGCUUACUUUUUGAGACGUUUAGAGAUGUUGCUGAAGCAAGUGGAAUACAUGAAGGGCUAAAUGAAGAUGCAAAGAAAUUUUAUAAACUAGUUGAUGAUGCAAAUCAAGAGCUCUAUCCUGGUUGUGAAAAAUUCUCCUCAUUAUCAUUCACUAUUCGAAUGUAUUUGUUGAAAUGUCUUCAUGGAUGGAGCAAUGCAUCAUUCACUGCUCUCUUAGAGUUGUUGAAAGAAGCUAUUCCAGAAUUAAACAUCCCUGUCUCUUUCAAUAAAACAAAAUCUAUGAUAAAAGAUUUAGGCUUAGACUAUAAAAAGAUUCAUGCAUGUUCCAACAAUUGUAUGUUGUUUUGGAAAGAGCACGGGGAAGAUGACAUGUGUUAUAUUUGCAGAGCCUCAAGGUGGAUUAAAUAUCCUAAAGUUGAUCAUGAUCUUGAUGAGUCUAAAAAAGCGCACAAGGUUCCUGCCAAAGUUCUAAGACAUUUUCCUUUGAUUCCAAGAUUGAAAAGACUCUUUAUGUGUUCAAAGACCGCUGACACGUUGAGGUGGCAUGCAGAGGAGCGUUCAAGGGAUGGUAGAUUAAGGCACCCAGCUGAUGGCCAAUCAUGGAAAGACUUUGAUGCAAAACAUCCAGAUUUUUCUCUUGAAACUUGUAACAUCAGACUUGGGUUGGCGAGUGAUGGAUUUAAUCCAUUUAGGACUAUGAGUCUUUCACAUAGCACAUGGAAGGGUACGUUGUUAUGGGAGAAACAAAGGCUUUUGAAGCCGUUUUUGGAAUAG